CUUUUUUCAAUUUCCUUAAAACCGCUUCCAGAUAGAGGAAUUGGAAGAAGAUGGGGGCAAUGGUAUCGCGGUUCUGGUUCAUGUUGUUCCCUGCAAAGGAGUAUAAGAUUGUUGUUGUUGGUUUGGAUAAUGCUGGGAAGACCACUACCCUUUACAAGUUGCAUCUUGGUGAGGUUGUCACUACCAACCCUACUGUUGGUAGCAAUGUUGAAGAGGUUGUCUACAAGAACAUUCGAUUUGAGGUCUGGGAUCUCGGCGGACAAGAAAGACUCCGAACAUCAUGGGCAACAUAUUACCGAGGAACGCAUGCGGUAAUUGCUGUGAUAGACAGUAGCGAUAGAGCGAGGAUCUCUAUCAUGAAAGACGAACUUUUCAGAUUGCUGGGGCAUGACGAAUUGCAGCAUUCUCUCAUUCUUGUCUUCGCUAAUAAACAAGAUAUCAAGGAUGCCAUGACCCCUGCAGAGAUCACCGAUGCGCUCUCUCUUCACAGUAUCAAGGAUCAUGAUUGGCAUAUACAAGCUUGCUGUGCCCUCACCGGAGAAGGGUUGUAUGAUGGUCUUGGAUGGAUCGCCCGGCGAGUAACUGGCAAAGUGCCAACAUGAUUGUAGAAGGGUUACUCUA